CGUCAAAGCUUCAUUGUUCGGUGUGAAUGCCAAAAAAAUCAAAAUCUACCUUGUCAAAGACCGUAUAAAAAUCCAGCACAUCUAUCUUUACUUUGUCAGCUGUACUGAUCGCAAUGGAAGCGAUCACGGCUGAUUCUCACGUCCCCUUUCGGUUCCAAAGCAUCUUAGGCUUCUUCGAAAAUCAUUCUUGUCUUGACGUCGAUGCAGACUACCGUGCGGUAAGCACUUUCUCAAAUAGCUUCGCCGGAGAUGGCAAGGUGUAUUCCUCAUGAUAACCUCAACAGAUGACGCAUUGUGAAUUGGGCCUGGUAACAGAUUCCAUCCCGAUCAAGGAUAGCAGUCUGCGACCUUGGCAAAGGCUUGAGGCACACAUUCGGAAUCUGAAUGCUUCGGUGGGUGAGACCUACAAGGUGCUCUUCGUCACACGUCAUGGCCAAGGGUUCCAUAACAUUAUGGAAGCGAAAGUUGGGACUCUGGCUUGGGAGACCAAAUGGGCGCUGUUGGAUGGCGAUUGUACAAGCACCUGGGCCGACGCCAACCUUACAGAUGAGGGUGUUCAGCAAGCUGUCGACACCCGCACCAUGUGGAGCAGACUAAUCAUCGAAGGGAAGAUGCCAUGGCCUCAACUAUAUACCAGCCCUCUGCAGCGCUGUCUUAGGACGACACGCUUAGUAUUUGCAGACAUUGCAUCCAAAGAGGGGCAGAGCUUUCGGCCAGUCGUGAAGGAGCUACUCCGCGAACGGACCGGGCGGCACACUUGUGACCGUCGAAACACAAAAAGCUGGAUCGAAAUAAACUAUCCAGAUUAUCAAAUCGAGUCGGGAUUCUCGGAGAAGGACGAGUUGUUUGACCCUAAUUCCCGAGAGACCGAGGAUCACGUCAUGAAGAGGAUGCGGAUAUUGCUUGAGGAUAUCUUCACCAACGAGCCAAGCUCGUUCGUUUCUUUCACGAUGCACUCCUUAGCAUCCCGAGCUCUCAUGCAAGUCAUUGGCCAUGAGCCAUUCCGGAUGGCGCCGGGAGCAACCGUGGCCUUCUUAGUGAAGGCACAGUUGCCCUCCACAUAUUCGACAACUUCGGUGUGACCGUGUUGUCAAUAUUGACUGCAGAUAUCUCCUCGACUUGAUCAGGGGUGCGGUUUUCGCACUAAAAGUGAUGAUUCCUAUCUCACCAUUGACUAGGACAUGUUCCACUAAGGGAACUGAAAGCCAGUGGCCAAACGCACGCAAGAUAACGCAACUAACGGCUUUGGCAGAGACCAAUUGACAAUAGAGUUAUCAUUUACGACGGAACUGGAACAAGAACUACCGUGAUUUUUGAAUCUCGCUUCGCAUUGUAUUAUUCAUAUCGGGGGAAAGAGGAAGGUUCUUUUGGAGUACGAUCAGUGUAACGAAGGCGGAUUGUGACGGGGCCGCAAUGAUGCCCUCUAUUUUCCCGAGUAUAAUUCUUCAUCCAUGAACCUCCCAAC